AUGCAUUUAUCCCCGGAGUUUUUACAAGAAGGGCCUGAGAAAACCGAAUGGGAAGUUGAAGUGCGAGAGGCCAUGCAUGAUGUGCGCGAUAAGGAUCUCUGGGGGUCCGCGUAUGAUAAAGUUCUACCCUUGAACCUCCAUCCGAAGUACGGCGGAUGGUAUGCGUAUCGUCUAGUUAUUGUUAUUGAUCUCGAA